AUGUCAUCACAUAAAGGUGCUUCAAUCGUCACAACUAACACAAUAAAACAAAAAAAUGAAAAAGACGCUACAAGACUUAAUUUGAAAUUUAAUGAACUUGAUGAAAUGGUGGAUUCUCAAAUCGUUUUCGAAUUUGGUGGACCAUGGGGAGUUACUGCAAUGAUGAUCGGCUUUCCCAUUCUAAUGUAUUACUUAUGGGGAUGUCUACAAUUUUAUCGCGGGAGAUUGGAGUCACCUUUUAAUGAAAAAUUAUGGACAUCGAUAAUACAAGGCUCAAUGCCAACUUUUUAUGCAGCUAAAAUCUAUAUAACAUUUUGCGUUUUUGAAUUUUUUUUGGCUUAUACUAUGCCAGGACCUAUAGUUAAGGGAGCACCUGUUUCUUCAUUGAAAGGAAAACAAUUGGAUUAUCUUUGUAAUGGAGUUUGGUCAUUUUAUGUGACCAUUUUUACAUCAUAUCUACUUCAUCAUUAUGAAUUGUUUAAAUUGACAGACAUUAUUGAUAAUUUUGGACCUUUGAUGAGUGUAGCAAUAAUUUUUGGUUUCUUGAUUACAUUUAUUAUUUAUGCUGUUACAAUAUUUCAAGGUGAGCAAUAUCGUAUGUCAGGAUAUUUGAUGUAUGAUCUUUUUAUGGGAGCUGCUUUAAAUCCUAGAAUUGGAAAAGUAAUUUUAUUUUAUAUUUCGGUAUCUGCUGCUAUUAAAGAAUAUGAAAUGUUUGGUUAUGUCUCAUCAUCUAUGGCAUUUAUGGUAUUUGCACACUUCCUGGACACUGCAAAUUCUCAAAAAAAUCGAUUUAGAAUGAUAAUCAAUGGAACUUACAUUCCUCGAUACACAUUUCCUCAACUUCCAUGGGGGACAUUGAAAAACCCCGAUUAUAUUAAAACAAAACAAGGAAACCUAUUGCUUACAAGCGGAUGGUGGGGGAUUGCACGUAAAAUUCAUUAUACAGCUGAUUUGUUAAUGGCUUUUGAUUGGGGGUUCAUCACUGGAUUUAAUACGCUCAUUCCAUUUUUCUAUCCAGCUUUCUUUGUUGUUGUAUUAACUCAUCGUGUUACUAGAGAUAUGGAAAGAUGUUCCAGGAAAUAUGGAAACGACUGGCAAGAAUAUUGUAAACGUGUACCAUAUAUUUUUAUUCCUGGAAUAUAUUAG